AGAGCUUGGGAAGUCAGGAACUACUGCGGAGCAUAUAAGUCGGGUUUGUCACUUCACUUCCUACCACUGGACGACGUGGCAAGGGGCAACAUUAGUGGACCAAGGAAGCUGAGAUGAAUAGUGACAAGGCCCACUUCUGCAGAGACAACCAGAUGGUCUCCCUGCAUCCCCAAGGGAUGGACUCGGAGGCCAAGCCCCCCUCAACCCCCAAGAUGCCAAGGCUUGUUCUGGCUGCCCUGGCACUUAUGACUGUGACCCUCGCCUUCUGUCUUGUGGUUCUCUUUGCUGUAGUUUUACAGAACCCAAGAUCUGCACUGGAAGAUGCCUCCUUCCAAAAGUUUAUAGGAGCCAACGCCACGGGGCUGUUCCCUGCGGACCCCUGCAACUUGCAAGAUACUAUCCAGAUGUUUAAUUGCCAUGUGGAGAAUUCCAGCACCUGGAGCAUGGAGAUCCAGAUGUUGAUGGGCAGAGUGGACAAUAUCAGUUCUCAUAUUCAGAUGCUCAGUGGUCAUCUGGAAAACACCAGUGCUGAUGUCCAGAUGGCAAAAAGCAUUCUAAAGAAUGCCAAUACCUUGGGAAUCCAGACCCAGAUGCUAAGGAGUUCCUUGGAAGGGGCCAAUAUUGAGAUCCAGAAACUAAAGGGAGAUGUGGAAAAGGCAAAUGCUUUAAAUUCCCAGACUCAGAGUUUCCUAAGAAGCAGUUCUGAAAACACCAGCACUGAGAUCCAGUUAUUAAGAGAUCAUUUAGAAAGGGCUUAUAAUAAGAGUCACUUGUCAAAAGGUGAUUUGGAAACUUUAGCCACUAGCCAGACCCAAGUAGUAAACAGCCGCCUAGACCAGGUAGAUGCUCAGAUCCAUGCAUUGAAAACAGAGCUGAAAGACAUGAAUACCUCAAAUUCCCAGAUACAGGUGUUAUCUGGUCAGUUGAAAAAUGCAAAUAGAGAGAUACAGACCCUAAAACAAGGAAUGAAGAAUACUGAGACCUUAAAUUCCAAAACAGGGAUGUUGGAGAGCAAUCUGCAGAAGGCCAAUGCUGAGAUCCGAAGGUUAAAUGGGAGUUUAGAGAGCACUAAAACUCUAACUAGGAAAAUCCAGGAGACGCAGAGUCGCCUGGAGACUCUCCAAGCUUCCUUUGCUUCUCAGGAGCAGCUGCAGAGGACACAAAGUCAACUUCUUGAGCUGAUCCUGCAAGGCUGGAAUAUCUAUGAUGGGAACCUGUAUUAUUUUUCUCAUAUCAAGAAGUCUUGGCAGGAGGCUGAACAGUUCUGUGUGUCCAAGGGAGCCCACCUGACUUCGGUGACUUCUGUGGAGGAACAGGCAUUUCUGGAAAAGUUCACAAAAACCUCUUACCACUGGAUUGGUCUCACCGACAGCGGGACGGAGGGCUCCUGGCGCUGGGCAGAUGGGACACCAUUCAAUAAUGCUCAGAGUAGAGUGUUUUGGGGCAAAGGUCAGCCAGACAACUGGAAAAAUGCACAUGGGAGGACUGAAGACUGUGUCCAAAUGCAGCAGAAAUGGAACGACAUUGACUGUGACGCCCUCUUUCACUGGAUCUGCAAGAAGCCCCGUGGGUAGGACAUGGCAAGCCAGAGCUGAGAGGUCACCCCCUCAGCCAGCUGUGGGCCCUUCUCCACCCUAUACCUUUGAGGUCUCUGAACUCAACUUGUUCUCUGGUGCCCUUCUUCUGGCCUUGUAUAUCCCCUGCCCUGUCCUUUUUAAAAACUCUUCAAAUGUGUUUGCCUCACGUGAACCAGCACUGUCAAGGCCUUCUCAAGGCAAGAGCCUUGCCAUGCCUCUGUUUCCCCUUCAGUGACCAGCACAGGCCUGUCAGAUAUGGGGUCUCAAUAAACACUCGUUG